AUGUCUCGGGGAUAUUUUUCAGCUGAUUCUAUUUUUGGUAAGGCUGAUAAAACAGAAGCAGUUCUUGAUAAAAUAUAUAUUCAUGGAGUUGAAAGAACUAAAUCGGAUGCCCUUGAAAAGGAAUGCUCUAAACUACUUGAAAGUUCUAAUUUAGAUGAAUUAAUAAAAAAUGCUGGAAUUUGUGCUAGGCAUUUAGAAGAAGUUGGAUUAUUAAAAGAAUGUACACCGUUUAUAAAUGUGUCACCAGAUAAUCCUAAAGGAUAUGUUCUUCAUUUAAAAUCAGAGGAACAUAGUAUAUUAAAUUUAGGUGCCAAAACAGAUAUGGAAUUUAAUGGUCAACUUGAUGCUUCAUUAUCUUGUGAGACAAGCAAUUUUAAUGGAAGAGGAGAAUCCCUUAAAGCAUCGUUUACAAAAAACUUAAAAGGAGGUCAUUCAUAUGGUCUUGAUUUUGAUAAGCCUCUUCUUGGUUGGCAACGAUAUGAAAAUUUAGGAAUUACAAUAAAAAAUCCACUUUAUCAUCUUGAUUGGAAUUGUGCUGAUUUAUCAGAGUUAUUAGGUUCAUGUUAUUACACAAAAAGACGAUUUUUAAAUAAAAACAUUGAUUUCAAUUUUCAAUUGAAUUCCUCAUGGAGAAAAUUACUUCCAAAUGAUGAUACACCAUUCCCAAUCAGAGAUCAAUCUGGUCAUACAAUGAAAUUUUCUGCAGAAACUGGUAUAUCUAUAGAUAAUCGGGAUAGACCAUUACUCGCUUCAAAAGGAACAUUAUUUAGAUAUUCUAUUGAAGUUGCCAAUUUAAUUGGUGAUGUAGCUUUCGCAAGACAACAAUUAGACCUUCAAGCUUCAACACCAUUAUUUUUUGGAACAAUUUUAAGUGCCUCACUUCGUGGAAUAUAUGUACAUUCUUUAGCUAAUAAAAAAUUACAUUUAUUAGAUAGUGCAUACCUAGGUGGACCAUAUGAUAUAAGAGGUUUUCAAAGAAGAUCUAUUGGUACUAGAGCUGAUAAUGCUUGUCUUGGAGGUGGAACAGCUCUUGUUGGUGCUUUACAUAUUUAUAGGCCCAUAUUUUUUAAAAAUUCAUUAUUUUUACAUAGUUUUCUAACAUGUGGAUCUGUUGCUAGAGCUCAAUCAAAGGCAAAGUUUAGGGAAUUAUUGGAUGUACCAAGAAUUUCCACAGGAUUUGGGAUAUCUUAUAUUUUUAAUAAUAUUUUUAAAUUAGAAGUAAAUUAUGUCCUGCCAAUUCGCUAUGUACCUGGUGAUGCAUGUAGAAUGGCAAAAAAGUCAAUUUUAAAGUUUGUUACUGGAAACUCUAACAAAUUAAGGGAGGUUCGACAAAUUAUCUCUACAAAUCCUUAUUAUGAUGUUGAAGCCAUAAAUUUGGAUCUUCCCGAAUUUCAAGGAACGCCUGAAGAAAUAGCAGAAAAGAAAUGUCGUAUUGCUAUUGAACAAGUUGAUGGACCCGUUAUUGUUGAAGAUACAUCCUUAUGUUUUAAUGCUAUGGGUGGAUUACCUGGACCAUACAUCAAAUGGUUUUUAAAAGAAUUGAAACCAGAGGGUUUAUUUAAAAUGCUUCAUGGAUUUGAAGAUAAAAGUGCUUAUAGUUUGUGUAUUUUUGCUUACUGUGAAGGUAAAGGUUGUCCUGUAAAAUUAUUUAAAGGAAAAAAUAAUGGAAAAAUAGUUUUCCCAAGAGGAUCAACAAAUUUUGGAUGGGAUCCAAUUUUUGAACCAGAAGGUUAUAAUCAAACAUAUGCUGAAAUUGAUAGUGAAAUUAAGAAUAAAAUUAGCCACCGAUCAUGUGCCUUAAAAAGUCUUUGUGAAUAUUUAAAUAACAAAAUAAUUAAUAAUAGUUAG